AAAAAAAAUCAAGUCAGUCUUUAUUUACGUACUUUAAAUUUAUUUGUUUAAACAAGCACGAAGUCAGGUAAACGAUAAAUAAAAUCAAUGGGAGGUGGUGAUCUGAAUUCGAAAAAAUCAUGGCAUCCAAAUACUAUGAAAAAUCAAGAACGUGUUUGGAAAGCAGAGCAAGCGGCUGCAGAAGAAAAGAAGCGCAUAUCGGAGUUGCAACGCGAGCGAGCUGAGGAAAGGGAUAGGGCAGAGUUGAACCAAAUGGCUCAACGAUCUGCUAACAAUUAUGGCGAUAAUCGCCUCAACUGGAUGUAUGAUAAACCAGAUAAAAAAAUUCAUGAAGAAGAUUACCUCCUUGGUAAGUCUAUAGACCAGAAUUAUAGUAGAGCUGACAAGGAGGAGCAAAGUUCUAUACCAGCUGUCGCGCGUCGCGUGGUUGGUUCAAGUAUGUUGGCUAGUGGUGGGGAUGCUCAAGUGGACUUAGCUCGCAAAAUGCGCGAAGAUCCCCUUCUCUUAGUCAAAGAAAGAGAAAGAGCAGCCAGAGCAGCUCUUCUGAACAAUCCGUUGCAGAGACGUCGCCUUACAGACUUAUUACGGAAGGAACAGGUACAAAGAAAAGAGAAAACAAAGAAAAAAGCUAAAAAGAAAGGGCAGGAUCUUGACAAUAUGCUAGCGGCAAAGUUAAGUGCUUUAAGUGAAGGAAAAGGUAUUGAUAUAGCUAAAUUGUUGGAUUCAGAUGAUUCUUCAUCGGAUUCUUCAGAUUCAUCUGAUGACAAACAUAGGAAGAAAAGAAAAAAAGUCAAGGAGCAAGAGAAGCAACAAAGAGAAGUAGAAAAGAAAAAAAGGAAAAAAUCUAAAAAGAAACAAUACCAUAGUUCAGAUGACUCAGAUUCGUCAGAUGAUAACAAGCAUAAAAAGAAUAAAUCAAAAGCUAUUCAGAAAUCUUCAGAUAGGCAUGAUCAUAAUUCUAAAAUAGAGGCUAAAAAAGGUAAUGGUAACAGUGCCAACCUUGUACGCGAAAAAAAAUUUAAGGAACAUUCUAGAAGCCCCGAUAGAGACGAUGGUCGGAAGAGGGUCCGUUGUUAUUCUAGCAAUGAUAACAUUGACAAAAAUCCUUCAGGUGACAGGAGGCGAGAGGAGACGCACAAAAGCAAAAGGCAUGCAGAACGGUCGCGUUAUACCGAAAGAGUUUACGAGGGCGAUAGAAAGCGGAAUUCGUCACCUGAUCACGGGCAUCGGUGGAAGUCGAAGAAGGGAUUGAGCGAGGAAGAGAGAGCGGCAAAAUUGGCUGAGAUGGUGGCUGCAGGGGCGGAGAGGGAGGAGCAGCGCGGCAAGCGCGUGGCCGAGCAGCGCCGCGCCGACGCUGCGGACGUUGGACGGGCCCCGCGCACCUCCGGACACGAGGCGAGGGCCCUGCCCGACUCACUCGAAGCGCGGAUUCGGUCCAACAGACACUACAUACAACGCGAUCGACAUCACAUGAACGAACAUUUCGCUAAAAGGUAGUUGUUGAAAAUAAAACUACUAUAAACUAUGU